CUACAUUUGCUUUUUCUUUGCAGUUCCGAGGAACGGGAAGUCGAAACUUCCGGUAAUGGUCUUCAUUCAUGGAGAAUCUUACGACUGGAAUUCUGGGAAUCCUUAUGACGGCACUGUGAUUGCAAGCCUAGGAAACGUCAUUGUGAUUACAUUUAAUUUCAGACUUGGAAUAUUUGGUUUCUUACCAGCGGUAGAUCAAUCAUCUCGAGGUAAUUACGGGAUCAUGGAUCAAGUUGCCGCUCUGCACUGGAUUCAGGAGAAUGUGGCAGAAUUUGGGGGUGAUCCUAAAAAUGUCACGGUGUUUGGUCACGGUCAUGGAGCUGCUUGCGUCAAUUUGCUGAUGUUAACCCCUCUCACUAAAGGUUUAUUCCAAAGAGCAAUCAUGCAGAGCGGUUCAGCUUUGAGUCCUUGGGCAAUAGCUCGGAAUUCGCUUGCGUAUACAAGACAAAUAGCUAAAACUCUCAAGUGCCCUAUAGAAGAUAAUGCAGUCUUAGUGGAAUGCUUACGGCAAAGGUCUGUUCAGGAUAUUCUAGCGGUACCAAUCAGUGUUCCUGAUCACUUAUCAGCAUUUGGUCCCACAAUUGAUGGCGUUGUUGUACCUGGAGAACCAGCAGACAUCAUGGAAAAACACACAGAUUUCUUUGGGCAGUAUGACUUAAUGUUUGGUAUGACACGAGCAGAAUCUUAUGACCAAUAUUCUAGCGAAGAAGAUAGGGCUGGUAUUGAUGUGCAGAGAAGAGAUCGAUUAUUGAGGACUUUAGUGAGAAACCUCUUCAGUUAUCAUCUCCAAGAAAUCUUCUUAACUGUGGUCAAUGAAUACACUGACUGGAGCAAACCUGAUCAGCACCCGAUCAAUGUUCUAGAAUCGACAAUAGAUGCAAUGAGCGAUGCAUUAGUGGUUGCUCCUUUGGUACGUGUCGGCAACCUACACUCUAGAAUACAGUAUCCUAAGAGGCCGACGACUUAUGAAUACGUUUUCCAUUAUCAAACAGAAGAUGCCCUAUUUUCACAAAGGUUUGGAUGUGUCCAUGGAGAAGAACUGCCAUACGUGUUUGGAGCUCCUAUGGUCAGUUUUUUAUCAUAUUUCCCGAAGAACUUUUCUAAGGGAGAAAGCGUACUCUCUGAAAAUGUAAUCAACUUUUGGACAAAUUUUGCAAAAUAUGGGGAUCCCAAUGGACAUCAUGGGAAUCAGGAAAACAAUGAAAAAGGCAAAGGAAAGAUUGAAAAGCUGCCAUGGCCAGAAUAUAAUGAAACACAUCAAAAAUUUCUAUUAUUUGGAGUAAAACCUAAAGUCAAAGACCACUAUCAUGCUCACCGAUUGUCUUUCUGGCUGAAUCUUAUUCCAACUCUCCAUCGAGCUGCAGUAUCCGAAUCAACAGCAAACCACCAUCUUCUCGAUGACCAUGACAACCCUUUAACGUAUGAUGGCAUUGUAAGAAGCAAAAGUCCGGGUGAUACCAUGGUAAUGACUACACCUUCGACGACCAGCCCUUCGCUUUCCACCACUCCUCGUGGAAGCGGUAUUAAUACGAGCGCAUAUGCUACUCUAAUUAUUCUGGAAGAACGACCUACUGUUGCUGCCAAGUCCAUGAACAUAACGGACUCAUUGGCAAUGAUAUUUCAACAAGGUGCUUAUUCUACAGCCCUCACUGUGACUAUAGGAAUUGGAUGUUCACUUCUGCUUUUGAAUAUCAUUAUCUUUGCUGGUGUUUAUCUAAAUAGAGAUCGGACGGUACAUCAUCAUGUUGAUUACAAAGAGAGAUCGUAAUAAACAUAAAUGUUACAUACUGAUAUGUUACAUGCUGUAAACAAUGAUCCAAACUUUUAUUCGAAACAAACGUCCAAAGGAUGACGUUUUUUGUGAAGACAUCAAAGGUUCAUUGAUAUUCUGUGUAAAGGAAAAGUACAUCUGCUAUUUUCUAAGCGAAGAUGAAUUUGAAGCAAACAUUAGAAUUGCAUAUCGAGAAACGAAGCGUUGAUUUGUUUGAAGGUUUCUUCUGGUUCUUCAGACAACAUCAUGCGUUUAUUUGAGAAUAAAGUGCAGAAGGAUUUAUAUUUGUGUACAAAAUGAAUAACAUAUAAAUGUAAACUGGUUUAAUUGCAACAGCAUUUCCUUUAAGUUUCAACUCUUUAGUUUAAAAAUAAGAUUUUGUGUGACAUAAAACAUUUUUCCAGCAUUUGCACAAGGAGAAUGUUUUUCUAAUGCUGAAGGUAGAAUGAUAAUAUCACGUUCUUUAAAGUAACGUAAUCAUCUUUCUUAUUUUAAAAUUAUCAAAAAUGUUAUUUGUUAUGAAAUUCGUGGCAACAAUAAAAACUAUUAUGUCUCACUGUCA